AUGGACUUACUGCCGAUGAAUUUUUACGUUCUUCGUUUCUGCGGUGUAUGGAACGAACAUAAGAAUAACAACUUGAUAAUAUUCGUAAUGGGACGUAGAGUGCCGUUGUUUGAGGGUGAAGGAUUUCUAGGUUUUUCAAAGAAACAACGUCGCUCUACGUCCCACUGCGAAUAUCUAAUAAUUUCUACGAUCUUGUCUCAAUCUAUAUAUACAAUUGCUGCUAUAAUAUAUCAUUUUACGAUAUUUGAGAUGGCUGAGCUUAUACGUAUGAGAAACGAUGUGGAAGAUUUAACAGAAAGUCUAUUCCUCGUUCUAACCUUUAUGUGUUUGUGCUUAAAUAUGAACGAAGCUAAAAGGAUAGCCUGUGCCUUCAUGUUCAUUUCGCAAAUAUCGGGUUUCUUGGUUCUCAUAGGACCUUUAAUGACUCAGAAUGAAAGGCAGUUACCGAUGAAGAUGUACGUACCGUAUUCUAUGGUGGAGUUACUUCCUUAUCUGUUGACCUAUCUUGAGCAAGUUGCAGUUGUAUUUUACGGGGUAUCACUAAACGUCGCUCUUGAUUCCCUCGUUUACGGUUUCAUUAUUCAUACUUGCGGGCAGAUCGAGUUGAUGUGCUAUCGAUUAUCGGAAACAUUCCGAUUUCUACAGGAGAACAAUAAAGAGAAAGAGCACGACGUCAUCGAGAAAUUUGCCAUCGCGGAAUGCGUGAAACAUCAUGUUUCGGUGUGCAAUAUCAUGCACAGAAUACAAUCGUUAUUUAUGUGGAUUAUCACCAUUUUGUUCUUCUUCAGCCUUAUCACUCUUUGCAGCAGCGUCUAUCAGAUGUCUAAUAAAAUGUUCUUCAGCGUUGAAUUCUUCGGUUUUUUAGUAUACUUAGGAGCAAUGCUGUUUCAAGUGUUCUCAUAUUGCUGGUAUGGCAAUGAGCUUGAUUUAAAGAAUAAAAGUAUCGCGCAUGCAAUUUAUACUAGUGACUGGACAGUAAUAUCGACAAAGCAACGCAAAAGUUUAUCAUUUAUGAUGAUGAUGAGCCAGGGUGGCAGAAUGCUUUCUUUUUAUGGAAUUUGCUCGUUAGUUCUUAGCACGUUCACAUGGAUUUUAAAGACAUCCUAUUCUUCUUUCAACUUGCUGCAGCAAGCUACGAUUUAA